AUGCGCCAGGGUGCUUGGCACGCUGCUGGGCAAGUGCGGGGGCCGGGACGCUGAGUGUAUGCGCGCAAAAUUGCCUGACCCCAGGGGGGAUUGAACUCAUGACCUGCUGGUUGCUCUGGGCUCACGUGAGCAAUGGCCCGGCCGUCCUUGGCUCGCCGAAGUGGAGUUAGAGACGAACGCGCGGUUGAGGAUCCUUCGAACCGACAAUGGCGGGGAGUACCGAUCAAACGCAUUCACGGAGUUCUGCAAAUCCAAGGGCAUUCGUCGUCAAUACUCUAUCCCUUACACGCCUCAACAAAACGGUCGCGCCGAACGUGUCAACCUCUCCAUCGUCGAGGGCGUCCUCGCUCUCCUUGCGGACGCCCGUCUGCCGGCCACCUUUUGGGAUGAAGCGGCUGCGUAUUUCGUUUAUUGCAAAAACAGGUGCUCACACUCAGCUUUGGCCAAACAGACUCCAGAAUCCGUUUGGAACGGCCAACGCACCACCGCCACCGCCCUCCACCCGUUCGGCUGCACAGCCUGGCUCACGGUCGCCCCGGACCUUCGCAGCAAGCUCGACCCCAAGGCCGCGCGCGUGAUCUUCACAGGUUACGACCUCGCCUCCAAAGCUUUCCGUUUCUUUGACCAUUCCAUCAACAAGAUUGUACUUGGUCGCAAUGCCACCUUCCUCGACGACGACUUCCCCGGCCUGCCAGUCACCACGCCCGUCGAUGCAGACGACACCGACCGUCAGUUCGUCGUUCCCGCCGACACGCCCGCCCCUGCCGUCACCGUCGCCCACAAACCCUUUGUCACCGUCGCCUGCGCUGUCACCGUCGUUGGCAGCGUCAUCGUCACCCUCGGUCUCACCGACCGACUCUGA